UCCCCGGUGGCCGCUGGUAGCGUCUGUGCCAUGGGGCUGCCUACUCUGGAGUUCAGCGAUUCCUACUUGGACAGCCCGGAUUUCAGGGAGCGCCUGCAGUGUCACGAGAUUGAACUGGAGCGAACCAACAAGUUCAUCAAAGAGCUCAUUAAGGACGGCUCUCUGCUCAUUGGGGCGCUGAGGAAUCUGUCUAUGGCAGUACAGAAAUUUUCCCAGUCACUGCAAGAUUUCCAAUUUGAAUGUAUUGGUGAUGCUGAAACAGAUGAUGAAAUUAGUAUCGCUCAGUCACUAAAGGAAUUUGCAAGAUUACUCAUUGCAGUAGAAGAAGAAAGGAGGAGACUGAUUCAAAACGCUAAUGAUGUAUUAAUUGCUCCACUUGAGAAGUUUCGCAAAGAACAGAUAGGUGCAGCAAAAGAUGGAAAGAAGAAGUUUGACAAGGAGAGUGAAAAGUACUAUUCUAUUCUUGAUAAACAUUUAAAUUUAUCUGCAAAGAAAAAGGAAUCUCAUUUGCAAGAGGCAGAUACACAGAUUGACCGAGAACAUCAAAAUUUUUAUGAAGCAUCACUAGAGUAUGUCUUUAAAAUUCAAGAGGUUCAAGAAAAAAAGAAGUUUGAAUUUGUUGAACCGCUUUUGUCAUUCCUUCAGGGUUUAUUUACUUUUUAUCACGAGGGAUAUGAACUCGCCCAGGAAUUUGCACCAUAUAAGCAACAACUUCAGUUCAACUUGCAGAAUACAAGGAAUAAUUUUGAAAGUACACGACAAGAAGUAGAGCGGUUGAUGCAAAGAAUGAAAUCUGCCAACCAAGAUUACAGACCACCCAGCCAGUGGACAAUGGAAGGCUACCUUUAUGUCCAGGAGAAACGACCCCUUGGUUUUACAUGGAUUAAACAUUAUUGUACAUAUGAUAAGGGAAGUAAAACAUUUACAAUGAGUGUUUCAGAAAUGAAAUCCAGUGGGAAAAUGAAUGGCCUUGUUACUGGCUCACCAGAAAUGUUUAAAUUGAAAUCUUGUAUCCGACGAAAGACAGAUUCAAUUGACAAACGGUUCUGCUUUGACAUAGAAGUAGUUGAAAGGCAUGGAAUCAUCACAUUGCAGGCAUUCUCAGAAGCUAAUCGGAAACUCUGGCUCGAAGCCAUGGAUGGUAAAGAACCGAUUUACACACUGCCUGCCAUUAUUAGCAAGAAAGAAGAAAUGUACUUAAAUGAAGCAGGGUUCAACUUUGUGAGAAAAUGCAUUCAAGCUGUGGAAACAAGAGGCAUCACUAUUUUAGGCCUCUACCGAAUAGGAGGAGUAAACUCCAAAGUUCAGAAACUCAUGAACACAACAUUUUCUCCCAAAUCCCCUCCUGAUAUUGACAUUGAUAUUGAAUUGUGGGAUAAUAAGACAAUAACAAGUGGACUAAAAAACUACCUCAGAUGUCUUGCAGAACCAUUGAUGACUUACAAGUUACACAAAGAUUUUAUUGUUGCAGUUAAAUCUGAUGACCAAAACUACCGGGUGGAAGCUGUACAUGCACUGGUGCACAAACUACCAGAAAAAAACAGAGAGAUGCUGGACAUCUUAAUAAAACACCUCGUCAAAGUAUCACUACACAGCCAACAAAAUCUCAUGACUGUCUCUAACCUUGGUGUUAUAUUUGGCCCAACUCUCAUGAGAGCACAAGAAGAAACUGUGGCUGCCAUGAUGAAUAUUAAAUUUCAGAAUAUUGUGGUUGAAAUUCUGAUCGAGCACUAUGAAAAGAUUUUUCAUACUGCCCCAGACCCAAACAUUCCUCUUCCUCAGCCUCAGUCUCGAUCUGGAUCCCGAAGGACACGAGCAAUCUGCCUGUCCACAGGUUCCCGGAAGCCCAGAGGGAGGUAUACACCGUGCCUGGCAGAACCUGAUAGUGACUCUUACAGCAGCAGCCCCGACAGCACACCCAUGGGGAGCAUUGAGUCACUCUCCUCUCACUCCUCUGAACAAAACAGCACAACCAAGUCUGCUUCCUGCCAGCCCAGGGAGAAAUCUGGAGGGAUUCCUUGGAUUGUAUCCCCAUCACCUUCCAAUGGACAGAAAAAUCUUGGACUCUGGACAACUAGUCCUGAAUCAAGUUCUAAAGAGGAUGCAGCCAAAACAGAUGCAGAAUCAGAUUGCCAAAGUGUUGCCUCGGUCACCAGCCCAGGGGAUGUUUCCCCACCUAUAGACCUGGUCAAGAAGGGGCUGUAUGGGCUUUCAGGACUGAAAAGAGCCUCAGCUUCCUCUCUCAGAUCCAUCUCUGCAGCUGAAGGAAGCAAGAGCUACAGCGGAUCCAUUCAAAGCUUAACUUCUAUAGGUUCCAAAGAGAUACCCAAAGCCCCGCCAAACCCAGACCUGCCUCCAAAAAUGUGCAGGAGGUUAAGGCUAGACACCGCCUCAAGCAAUGGCUACCAGCGACCUGGCUCUGUUGUGGCAGCAAAAGCCCAACUGUUUGAAAAUGUUGGUUCACUUAAGCUGGUUUCUUCUGGGCGCCAAGCCAAAGCCAUGUACUCUUGUAAAGCAGAACACAGCCACGAGCUUUCCUUUCCACAGGGGGCGAUAUUUUCCAAUGUGUACCCAUCAGUGGAACCAGGAUGGUUGAAAGCAACUUAUGAAGGCAAAACAGGACUAGUUCCAGAAAAUUAUGUUGUCUUCCUCUAAUACUGUUUAGUGGAUGGCAGUAUCUUCAUGGUAUCCAUGGUAACAAUAAUAAGUGCUAUGAUUUUAUCUGACACAGAUAUGGCAAUCAGCCCACUAAAUGAAAAGUAAAUUUCUAUCAGUUUGUACACCGGCAGACUAUGUAGCCCCCUAUAAAUGGAAAAGAAAAAAAAAUGCUUAAAUUGCUUACUAUGCUGUUUUUUUUUUUAAAUCUUGACUUUUUUUAUUUUAAAAUCUUUCUCCACGUGUUUUUUUCUAAUAAGUAACUCUGCAAAUUAUCUCUUCCAUGACAAUUGUAGAAUCUCAAAUACUGUGUUAAGUACUAUAUCCCAGAAUUUUGGAAACUAGAAAUUUGCUAUAAGGAUUUUUAGAUAUGUCCUUUACUGCCUGGCAUUCUCUGAGGUACCUUGAAAUCAUUACUUAAAAAUGUAAUUUAAAUUGUUCAUUUAUUAUUUUUUCUUAAGAAUUUACCUCUUUUAUGUAUGAUUGUUUUGCUGGUCCUAAACAUUUCAAGGAAUAAGGGUUUUUUUAACAUAAGUUUAUUUUUAUUUGUUUACCGAGUAGAUGAUAUUCAAAAAGAAUAAUGUAUAUGAUGUCUAUAAAUGAAACCCAGUUAAGUCAUACACUGAUUUCAAUAUAAACACUCCAUUCAGCAUUCCAGACACCUUCUAUGGGCAUAGCAGGGAUUAGCAGACUAUUUCUGUCAAGGUCUUAUAGUAAAUAUUUGGGAGUUUUGCAGACCUUGAAGGUCUUCCCCACAAUGUUCAACCCUGCUAUUGUAGCAGAAAGCACCAUAGACAAUGAGUAAGCAAAUGAACCUGUCUUAGUGCCAAUACAACUUUACUUAUGGACCCUAAAAUUUGAAAAUCAAAAUUCUUAUGUGUCCUGCAUGUCAUCCUUCUUAACUUCUUAAAAUCCAUUUAAAAAUAGAAAUAUUUUAGCUGAUGAGCCAUACAAAACUGAUGGCAAGCCAGAUUUGACUCACGGGUCAUGGUUUGCUGACACCUGGUUAAGAGGCUUUGUAAAGCUAUCUUUAUAAUUUGGGGAUUUUAUGAAAUUUUAUUACAUUAACAUAUAAAUAAAAACACAUAACAUAUAAUUUUACUACAUUAACAUGAUAAGUCAUGCACAUAUCAUCUACUAGGGGCAUUAUAGUGGCAUCACAAAAUAUAACUACAAUAAUAGGAAAACAGUGUAAAAAGUGCAGUUUUAAGGCAUGCAGCCUGAAUUCUACUGGUAACACUGUAAAGUGUCAACGUAUUUUAUUGUUAUCUCAUUUUAAUUUUGGCUUUUGAGAAAUUCUUGUACAAAUGAUAAAGAUGUUUUUUAAAGACACUAGUCGAGAAGCUAUGCCUUUUAAUUCUAUCCUUGAUUACAAUAGAAACCAAACAUAAAGAUACAGGAUUCUUAAAUUAUGUUGAGCCACAGAAUUUAAAAUUAUUUUAUCAUCUUUGGCAGGAAUAAAAGCUGUACAUGAUUUUCUUUUAUGACUUCAAUUUAUAGCAUUUAUUAAGAAUUUACUGAAUUUAUAGAACAUAGUAAUAGGUAUUUACUACCCAUUUAAAUAUAACACCAAUAUCUGGUCAUGCAUCAAACAUUAUUUCUAUUAUUUCUAUUUUAAUUAUUCUAAAAUAUUAUUUCUAUAAAUAUCUCCGUAUUUCUAUAAAUAUCUCCAUAUUAUAUCUAUAAAUAUCUCCAUGUGGCCUUUUUUCUCAAGAUUCCAAAAAGCUGGUUACUCACCAUAGCCUGCCACAGCACUGGUUCACUGGGCCAUGAUAUUUUACUUGUUACUUCGGAGUUCUCCACUGUACAGACACUCAGGUAUUGACUGCAUAAAACUCUUUUUAUGUGAUAAUAUAAUCUGUAGUAUCAAUUUCUUCUACUUUAAAUGAAUGUUUCUAGAGUUAACAGGUUAAAUUAUAUGUGCACACAUAUAUAUACAACCAUGCCUUGGAGCAUUGAUGCUUUUAAAAAUUAAAAAUGGAAUACUAGAUUAGAACCUAAAAAUAAUAACAGUAGGCAGAAUCACAAGCAGAAAUAAGUUUCAGUGCAUUGAAAUAAAGGAAUGAAAAAUAUUUAAUGUUGUAAAAAUUAGUAAUAUAAUGAAAAAAAUCUGAUAAAUGUUUAUUUUUUACCUCCUGUGUUGAUCUUUGUAUACUUAUAAUCAGGUGUUGCUAGAGCUUUUUGGUCUCUAGAUCCUUGGUGGUCCUUACUAGUAAUAAUAGCAUUGCUGACACCCUAACUACCCUCUGCUGGAACAGAAGGUAGUUUUUCCGAUGUACCAAUCCCUUAGUUUCUAUGACACUCUCAGUUUAAACACCCUUGCCAUCAUCUGGCAUCCUACUAGAUUAAAACUUCUUAAUGGCAAAUUGAUUUUCUUUCAAAGACCAACUUGACUCCAAAGAAAGAUUCAGAAUUCUACUUCACUUGCUGCUGUAUAGAGAAAUCUCAGCCUUUAUUUUAGUUUAACACAGACCAGAGUGUUCCUUCCUCUGAGUUGUCUGAGAGCUAAUUCCACUGAUGAUCAGUAAGGAACUAAAAAGGUUUUGCUGUAUAAGACGUGGAUGAGAAGCCCAGCUCUUCUUUCUCAUAGUGAGGCAUUUAUUGUGGCAUUUCUUACUAUGGUCCCUUUUUUGAAAUAGAAGUAUGAGUGUUUGUUCAAAUUGUACUUUUUGCAGUUUAUGGGUAUGGUCCUUUUUCCUUCCUAAUGAUUACAUUUAUAAGUUAUGGCCAUAUACUGCAGACAGACUAAAGCUGCUUUUCCUUAAAAAUAAGUUUCCUACAGAUGAGGCGUUUAUGAGCAUUGAGAAAAUCAAGACAUGUGCUCUAAAUUACAUAGAAUAUUAAUUACACAAGAAGGUAAUGGCAGUCAUUAAAACAGGAUCACAUUAAAAAUUGUAACUGCAUUUCAAUAAUGAAACCUUGGCUUUUCAGAAACAGUAUGAAGAUAUAUGUUAGAAUUACCACAUCCACACUUUCAGAAUGCACAAUGUGGACAUGCUAAACACUACUUAUGUUACAAUCAGUAUGAGGAAGAGAUUGAAAUCUAAGUUAAUCAUUUUGGGUCUAUAUGAAAAUAUCUCCAAGUACAAAACAUUUAUGUAUUUAACAGGUGACUUUUUUUGUUAUGCCAUAACUCUAUCAAGCUCAUGGAAACUGUCAGUUAACUGAAAACUUUUCUUAUAUUAUGUGUAAAUGUAUGAAAAGUAAAAUAAUCUUUGUAUUCCUGUGAAGUCUAUGAAGUAUGAAGAAAUGCCCUUCCUUCUUGUUGGAUUUGAGUGGUUUUUGUACUCAUCUUGGUUCUCUGCUUUGUAAUGUAGACGAGUGCAACCAAGUUUCUCAACAGUGGCUUCUUGGCUAGCUCUUUUAGGGAUGGUGGAGGGAAAAAAAUGUACUUUAUAAUCUCAAAUUAUGCAAGUUCCCAAGUAGGAAAAAUAAAGAUACAUCAUAACUUUUAUUAUUCUUACUAUAUGAUGAUUGGUUUUACAUAUUGCAGCAUGCCUUUUAAAAAUCCACCA